UUUUUUCCACACAAAACCCACCACCUACCUACACAGCACAUCACUUACGAGCUUGUACGAAAGACCAUAAAUUCGUUGGUGCUCAUCGCAGUCAUUAUAACGUUUUUGCCGUUUAUUGGUUUUGGCGCCUACAUCGAUGAGAGUGAUCCAGAAAAUCCGAAAUGUUUGCGUUAUCGUGAUGCAGAAGGUUUCUUGAAUAAAACUUACUCGGUGUUGUUUAUGCUUUUCGGCACACUUUUGUGCGUCGUAAUUGUUGCUUGUAAUUUAUUUGUGACGCGCGUACUUUGCUUCAUCGGACGCACCCGCACGACCAAACGGCACAUGCACUACGAUCUGGUGAAUCGGGAGAAGGGCAGCAUCCAUCGCAUCGAAGGCGAACCAAACAGCGGCUCGUCAUUGUAUCACCACCACAGCAAUAGUGUCACAAUGUCAGCAGACGCAUCCCCUGAUGAGAUUAAAUUCGCCAAGUUAAUGGCUUUCCUCAGUAUUUCAUUCGUGAUCUGUUGGAUGCCGCAAAUGAUUGCCAUCCCCAUGGCGAUUUUACCGAAUCGUGUACCCAAGGCGCAUCCAUUCUUCAUUUUGGCCGAUGUUUUAAUGGCACUGCAUUUCACCUCCGACCCAUAUAUUUAUGUACUUAGUCGCACCAAACACUCCUACAUAUUGGGCUGCAUCAAGCGCUGUCGCUGCGAGCUGCGACGCACGCAAAGCGACCAAAGUCGGCUACGCACCACCGUGGAACAAAAUACAACGGACUGUGCGCUGAACUGAGAGUCGGUGCGAAGCGCCCAGUCGACGGGGCGUAUACGCAUUACGUAUUUGUAGAGAAACGAAUUUAACCGGUACUAUACUUACAUACAUACAAAAUAGUUUAUUAUCACUUUUGUGAAAUACUUACGUUUUUUUUGAUUAUAGUCCUCCAAUAUGGACGAAACGAAAAGCAUUCCGAAGGAUCAAAAUUCAAAAAUAUGUAUGUAUGUAUGUAUGAAAGUUUUCAGUGUAUUUUGGAAAAAAGAAAACUAAGUUAACUGAUUUGCAUUUUAACACUAAACCUGUAGAGAGUAUGCUGAAUACAUAUGUAAGUAUUUCUUCUAGUAGAUUAGAAGAAAAUGCUGAUUAUCAUAUAAAUAUGUAUACAUACAUACAUACAUACAUAGAUAUAGUGUAUGUAUAUGUUGGGGAAAUGUCGAAUAUUUAGUUCGUAAGCGUUACGGUAAGGUUUAAGUAUGUACUUAUGUUUGAUUUAAGCACGUUUCCACUGAUGGUUGGUGGAAGGUUUAGUGUUUAAUGACAAAUUAAAUUAUUGUAUUAAAGUUGUACUUAAUGAUAUUUUUGUAAUUUGCAUAUGCAUGUAUGGAUAUAAUUCAUAAAUUGUAUAUAAGAAAAAGUGUUACACAUUUGCGAAAAUCCAUUCAACUCUACCUAAAUAACAAACAUUUACAUAUGUACAUUACAUUAGACUGGUUUGCUUACUUUGGGCAGAGUUUAGGGUGACCAAAAAAAUAGCCAAAUUGAAAUUUCUUACUAUUUUUUUUUUAUGCCUCGAGUUAUUGUUGAAAAGAUAUUUUUGAGUACCAAAUAUCCUUCUAAGAUAAUGCCGACGUACUUAAUUCUAAUAUCUAUUUUCUAUUUGCAGUCAUGGGCCGAGCUUAAAAAAGUGAAUACAAUGCAAAAAAACCUUUUUUUGUAAAACAAAAAAUUUAUUUUGUGGCAAGUAAUUUAAAUAUAUGUACAUAUAUGU